AUGUUUUGGAAGAGCAAGGACAAGGACGACGGCCCGUCGCCAAAGACGCUCCGGCAGCCGCUCUCGCCAAAGCCGCCCAACGCCGCCGACGCGCCUGCGGUGGCCGAGGCGACCGAGGUGUGGGUGCCCGACAAGGAGCGGGUGUGGGUGCGCGGCCGGGUGACUCGGCAGGUGGGCCGCUCCGAGCUCGAGGUGGAGACGGAGGAUGGCGUCACGGUCGCUGUCGACCUGGCGCGGCACGACACGCUCCACACCGCCAACCCGUCAGCAGAGCAGGACAUGUGCUCGCUGUGGCACAUGUCGGAGCCGGCGGUGCUGUCGAACCUGCAGCUGCGCUUCGCGGCCGACCAGCCGUACACCUACGUCGCCCACCUCCUCAUCGCCGUCAACCCGCUCAAGCCGAUCCCCGACCCCGCCGAGGCGCGCACAGCCACGCCGCGCCUCCUCCCUCCCGCCGCCACCCUCACACCUCGACGGCGUGUGUCGUACGAGGGCGCCGCCUCUUCCGCCGCUCUCGCCGCGCUCCCGCCGCACCAGUUCGCCGUCGCCGAGCGCGCGUACCGCGCCCUGCUCGCGCAGCCCGCCGCGGGCGGGGGAGGGCGGCAGGACCAGUCGAUUGUCGUCUCGGGCGAGUCUGGGGCGGGCAAGACGGAGUCGGCGAAGAAGCUCCUCCGGUACAUCACCUGGCGCGUCGCGUCCGCCGCCGGAGGGACGAAACACGACCGCCGGCGGUCGGUUGGCCAGACACACGCGGCCGCCGCGCUCAACGCCCGCAUACUUGAUUCGUCGCCGAUCCUCGAGUCGCUGGGGAACGCGAAGACGGUGCGCAACCACAACUCGUCCCGCUUCGGCAAGUUCACCAAGAUCGACUUUGACGCGCGCGCCGCGCCCAAGCGGCUGCGCCUAGUCGGCGCGUCGGCCGUCUACUCGGCCCUCUUCGACUGGGCCGUCGGCUUUGUCAACUGCAAGCUCGGCGCCCUCGCGGCGGCGGCGGAGCGGGACUGCUUCAUCGGCAUCCUCGACAUCUUCGGCUUCGAGUCCUUUGCUGUGAACAGCGUCUCUUCACACCCGCAGCUGUGCGUAGGCAUCCUCGACAUCUUCGGCUUCGAGUCCUUCGCUGCAUCCUCGACAUCUCCGGCUUCGAGCAUCCUCGACAUCUUCGGCUUCGAGUCUUUCGACACCAACGGCUUCGAGCAGCUGCUCAUCAACUUUGCGAAUGAGAAGCUGCAGGCCACCUUCAACCAGCACGUCUUCGCCGCCGAGCAGGCCGAGCACGCCCCCAGACGCCGCCCAGACACAGCCGCCGAGACGCGCCCUGCCGAGAUGGCUCCGAGACCCCUCAGGACGCCGCCGGGCGUCCUCCACCUGCUCGACGAGACCUCGCGCCUGCCCAACCAGACGGACGCAGACUUCAACAAGCGCGUGCACGACGCGCACGGCGCCGCCGCCGCGGCCCGGCCGCCCCCCGCCCGCUCUCCCCCGACACGCGGCCCCUCGACCUCACCACCCCUCGCGGCGCCGGCGGCGAUGUCGGCGCUGGUGGCCGAGCUCGACUCGACGCGCUGCAACUUUGUGCGCUGCAUCAAGCCCAACCCCGCGAUGGCCGCCGGCGUGUUCGACGCGCCGUACACGGUCACCCAGCUGCGGCACACGGGCAUGCUCCAGUGCUGCGAGCUGCUCAAGCACGGGUUCCCCACGCGCAUCUCCUACACCGAGGUGGUGGAGCGGUACGCCCCCCACCUGCCGCCCGACGUCGGCCGCCUGCGGCUGCCGCCGCGCGACUUCGCCGCCGCCGUCGCCUACGGCUUCGGAGUGCAGCGGGACCUGUACCAGCUCGGCGCUACGCGCCUCUUCUUCCGCGCCGGCGGCGUCGCGUGCCUCGACGGCCGCCCCUCCCCCCCCGCCGCGGUCUUUGCGACGCGCACGGCCGCCGGACGCAUCGUGGCGCGCGUCCGCCGCUGGAUCGUGCUGCGCCGGUUCCGGCGCGCGCUCGCGCACACGCUGGCGGGGCUGCGGCUGUGCCGCUUGCUCCGCCGCGUGCGGGCGCUGGCGCUGUGGCGCGCCGCCCUCCUCCCCGUCCGCGCGUACCUCCGUUCGGGGCUGCGGCGGCUGGCGCGGCGGGUGGCGUCGCGCCGCGCCGCGGCGACGAUACAGGCGGCGGCGCGGAUGGCGCCGCACCGCCGCGCGUUUGUGGCCGCUUGCGCGCACCUCUUCGCCUCCCGCGCCAAGGCGCAGCGGGAAGCCGCGCUUUCUGCCGCCGCCGUGGCGGUGCAGGCGGCGGCCCGCCGGCGCGGCGGGCGGCGCGAGCUCGAGCGGCGGCGGCGCGAGCGGCUCGUCGUGCUCACGCCGCGCGCCAUUUCGCUGCAGCGCUGGUGGCGCGUCGUGCGGGGAGACAAGAUCGCGCGCAAGCUGCGCUCGGCGGAGCACCGCUCCCUCGUGGCGGAGCUGCUCGCCCUCCGCGCCGCCUGCGACGAGAGCGCCGCGCGGCAGGCUGGGCCGCAGGCCGGGCCGCCGGGCCGCGCGAGCGGCGCCAAGCGGUUCGAGAUGUGGGUCAGCCUGCAGGUCGGCAAGAAGGGACGUGGCGGCUACCUGCUCGACUUCUUCGGCGACUCGGCCAACGUCGGCUGCAAGACGGACGGAGGCCACUACCGCAUCGAGCGCUCCUGGAAGCACUUUGAGGCGGUCCUCGACUACGUCCGGGACGGCUCGUGCGCGCUUCCGGCGGCCUACUCGCCAAAGUCGCAGGACAACCGCCGCGCCUCGUCCGAGGAGGAGGAGCUGCGCGAGUUUGCCGGCUUCUACCGCAUCCGCCCGCUGCUCGACCUCGCGAUCUCGCGCCUCCUCCGCUGCCGCUACUCGUCGCCGCGCAUGCUGAGCCUUCUCGCCGAGCGCGGGCUGCUCUAA